CGUUGAUGUGCACGCCAUGGCAAAGCCUUCGGUGAUUGCACUGUUCAAUGUGCGUCUGCCAUCCAUGGCUGUGCUGUAUUUUCAAGCAAAACCACACUCCACGUGCUAAUACACGUUCAUACGCAUCAAACAUACAAACGAGGACUUCUUCCUCCUCUUUAGAUGAUUUCUCACCGUGAAAUGAGCAUUUAAAUCAAAUUCUCGUUUUGAUUUCCUUUGUUUAUUACCAGAAUUAAAAAUGCCUUCUCCUCCCACCCCAAUGCAAUCGGUGAAAAGCUACGAGCAUAUUUUGCGAGAGGUGCCCACAGAGGAGGUAAUACUGAACAACGAGAGACGGGCGAAUAUGUUCAAGGGAGAAGAUGCCUACGAAUAUCUCAAAAAGAAGAAUCUCGAUGAAAAGGUUAUUCACGACUUAUUUAACACGCUGAUUGACGAAGAGGUAAUAGUGAGAGGAUUGCUUUCCAAGAACAGCAAGGAUGUCACAGUAUCACUGGCAAGGAAGUUCAACAAGAAGGACAGCUACAUUUGGGUGGUUGAGCAGACCAAUCACAUGCACUUGAUACUGUCUGUCGUGCUGAUAGCAUUCGUUCUGCUCCUUGUAAUGUACCAGGUGUGGCCAUCUAAAAUUAGGAGCAAGAUGACGUACGUGUUCUAUCCCAUCUUUGCGUUCUUUGUGUUCCUGGGCGUGUUGGCUGUUCUACGGCUCGUAAUCUUUUCUGUAACGUUCUUCUUCUAUCCACCCGGUAUUUGGUUGUUCCCGAACUUGUUUGCCGAUGUGGGGUUUAUUGAUUCGUUUAUACCGGUCUGGUCUUACCAUGGAACAGAAACAAAACCAAAAAAAAAGUUGAUUAAGUAAAGCAAAACUAGUUGUUAGUUCCACUUCUUGGCACAAAUAGGUAAUUAAAGUAUGUUGCACGGUGAACACGUGACUCA